CGCAACGACAACGCAUAUUUAAAGUUUUAAACAAUGAAUCCCUCCUUAAACCCUCAAAGGAUGUAUUAGUGUUCGUAAUAACAACUCCGGCAGCCCUCCUUAAUCCCGUUUUGCUUUUGAUUCCAGAUUGCAACUGCCAUUCUACAGCAUGGAUUUGUUCAACACUGAAUUUCUUGACAUCUGUAUCGAAGGUGCUAGAAGUAAGAAGAAAACCGUAGACUCGAAAAUGAAUUUAAUUAUGAGCCUUAUGAGAGAAGUGGAAUGGAGGGAGAAAGCUGCAAAAAAAGCAAAACAGGAAGUUGAUAAUUGUACCUUAGAUAUUAAUCUAGAGAUGGAUGAGCUUAUAAUGGCACAACAACAAGUAAAGGAAUCGAAUGACAAGCGUGCUAAAGAAGUAUAUGCACAAAGGGUUGAGUUAGCUACUGAAAUGAAAGAGCUUCAAUCCUGUGUAUCGGGUGUGUUGAAUGAAGGAGAUGGAUGUGUUGCAACUAUUGAUGAGAUGUGUAAAGCUUUGGAGAAGAGAUUAAUUUCAGCCAUAAUUAAAAAGGAAGCAGCAGAUAAAGAUAAGUUGGGAAAAGAAUUAGCACUUGCAUAUCAAAAAAGCCAAAUGGAAAAGUUGGUAACAGAAUCAAAGAGACUAGAACAAGAAGCAAUGGAGAAUUUAAAGUUGCAGAAGUUCCUCAUAGAUCGUGGCCAUGUACUCAAUAUGUUACAAGAUGAUAUAUCUUGUAGAUGUCAGGAUGUUAAAAUUCUAAAAGCGGAGCUUGAAGAUUAUAAAGAUGUCACUGAAGAUUAUCUGAGACCAAUAAUACAAGAAAUUCCACCGAUGCAUGAUUGUGAAGGUUACAAAUGUUGUAAUAUUUUGAAAGGAGCUAAUGGAAGAACGGCUGCUGCUAGUAGAGAGGAGAUGGGAACAACAAAGACUGUCAAGUGCCGGAUAAAUGAUAUGGAUCAACUGGACAAAGGCAAACAAGUAAGAAUUGGGCCCAACUUAAAACAUGUGUAUCAAGCAAACCAGAUGGAAAAGUUGGUAGAAGAGUCAAAGAUACUUGAUCAACAAGCAAUUGAGAAUUUUAAGUUGCCGGGAUUCCUGCGUAUAAUAGAGAUGUCUGAAGAUUCUCAAGAUGAAAGUGAGAUAUCGGUUACUGAAGAUUAUUUGAGGCCAACCAUACAAGAAAGGAUACCCAUGCAGGAUUCGGAGAUGAAACCCGAGUUAGCUGAUUCGCAUACGGAUCAGCUAAACAAAGUCAAAUGGGCUAGAACCGGGCCUUACUUAAAUCAUGUGUAUCAAGAAAGCCUGAUGGAAAAGUUGGUAGAGGAGUCAAGGAGACCGGGACAAGAAGCAAUGGGGAAUUUAAAGGGGUUCCUUCCUAUAAAAGAGAUGCUUGAAGAUUCUAAAGAUGAACGUGAAAUAUCGGUUACUAAAGAUUAUAUGAGGCCAGUAGUUCAAGAAACCAAACCGAGGCGGGAUUGUGAAUGCUAUAAUUGCGAUAAUACUUCAGAAGGAGUUGUUGCUAAUAGAGAGGAGUUGAGAACAAACAAGAUUAAUGUCAAGUCUCAGAUAAAUGAUUCAGAGGAGAUGCAAGAGUUAGUGAAUUCGUAUAUGGAUCAACUGGAGAAAGGUAAGCAGGCUAGAAAGGUAGUAAAGAGACGAGAAAAAACAAAAACAAAAACAAAAACGUGCAAGUACUCCUCGGUACAUAAUACAAAGAACAAGGUAAUGAAGAAAUGGAUGAGGGAGGGUCGAUCGCAGAACCAUGAAGAAAAUAAUUUCGAUUAGAUGUGGCCGGCCGGAUGGGUUUACAGAUUAUGAAAAAGAUCAUUAUGAUACGGAUGCAGUUACAUUAUUUCACAUUUGAAUGUCUUGAAAUUGAUCUUUACACA